AUGAGGGAAAUCGUACACUUACAAGCCGGCCAAUGCGGCAAUCAAGUAGGAGCUAAGUUUUGGGAGGUUAUCUCUGCGGAACAUGGAAUUGACCCCAGCGGAAUAUACACAGGAGAAAGUGACCUGCAACUAGAACGAAUCAAUGUUUAUUACAAUGAGGCUUCAGUGGCCUCGAGUACCAACGGAGGCAAAUACGUACCCAGAGCCAUCCUCCUGGAUCUGGAGCCCGGCACCAUGGACGCAGUACGUUCAGGAAUCUACGGAAAACUCUUCCGCCCCGACAACUUCGUCUUCGGCCAAUCAGGCGCUGGCAACAACUGGGCUAAGGGCCACUACACGGAAGGCGCAGAGCUAGUGGACGCUGUGCUGGACGUGGUACGCAAAGAAGCAGAGAACUGCGACUGCCUGCAGGGCUUCCAGUUAACCCACUCCCUUGGCGGAGGUACCGGAUCUGGAAUGGGUACCCUCCUCAUCUCGAAGAUCCGCGAGGAGUACCCGGACAGGAUAAUGAACACUUACUCGGUCAUGCCUAGCCCUAAGGUGUCGGAUACCGUGGUGGAGCCCUACAACGCAACCCUAUCCGUACACCAGUUGGUGGAGAACACCGACGAGACGUAUUGUAUAGACAACGAAGCCCUGUACGACAUAUGCUUCAGGACCCUCAAAGUGCCCAACCCCAGCUACGGCGAUCUGAAUCAUCUAGUGUCCCUUACAAUGUCCGGGGUGACGACUUGUCUCAGGUUUCCAGGGCAGUUGAACGCUGACCUUCGCAAGUUGGCGGUGAAUAUGGUUCCCUUCCCCCGCCUGCACUUCUUCAUGCCCGGAUUUGCGCCGCUGACGUCGAGGGGUAACCAGCAAUACAGGGCGUUGACUGUUCCCGAGCUCACCCAGCAAAUGUUCGACUCGAAGAAUAUGAUGGCCGCGUGUGACCCCAGGCAUGGACGGUAUCUCACCGUUGCUGCUGUAUUUAGAGGCAGAAUGUCCAUGAAAGAAGUGGAUGAACAGAUGCUGGCCGUCCAGAACAAGAACAGCAGCUAUUUCGUCGAGUGGAUCCCCAACAACGUAAAAACAGCUGUGUGCGACAUCCCACCGGUAGGUCUGAAAAUGUCGUCCACGUUUAUUGGAAACACCACCGCCAUUCAAGAACUCUUCAAACGGAUUUCGGAACAAUUCGCGGCCAUGUUCAGGCGUAAGGCUUUCUUGCACUGGUACACCGGCGAGGGUAUGGAUGAAAUGGAGUUCACUGAGGCUGAAUCAAACAUGAACGACUUGGUGUCCGAAUACCAACAAUACCAGGAGGCCACUGCUGACGACGAGUACGAAGCCGAAGAAGAAGCUGCUGGAGAUGAUUUCAACUGUUAAUUGUGUUUUUUUUUUCUGUCACUCGUAUUCCACCACCAGUUUUUUAUUGUUUAUUUUAUUAGAGUCUGAAACUGCGAGGCAAAACAAAGAUGCAUCAUGGCCAAAGAUAUAAGGAAGUAAAAAAGUAAAAAGUGAAAACACCCUGAUUACUUUUAAAGAGUUUUAUAAGAAUUAUUUAUAUGUAAACAUCGUAAAACUAUAGGUUUGUUCCUGCAGCAGUCUGCAACUGUCGGAUAUACUAGACAAAUAUCUCUGAUAGUUCCAAAUCAGUCCCCAACUGCUGCAGUAACAGACCAUAUUAUUAAAUUGCUCAUUUUUUAUAUCUUGAGACAUGAUCCAAGACUUUGUCAACGGCUAUGAGUAUGAUUUUAAUGGAAUCUAAUAUUAUUUGAAACACGCUAGAGUGUCGUUAACUAGUCUGUAGAGUUUUCUUUGAACUUUUUACUUUCGUAAAAUAAUAAGUAAUUGUUUAGUAUUUAUAUUAAGUAUGUAGGUUAAGUCUGAAAUUUUUUGUCUGUCUUUUGAGGAAUUACAGAUGGUAGCUGUAGUUUCUUAAGAGAUGGUUUUUAAAUUUCAUGUGUGUGUAGCAAAUAAUAUUCUGUUCUAUUUCAUGAGUAACAUAGUGCUUAAUUUUUGUACUUUUUUUAUUGAAAUUAUUUCUACUUAUUUAUGAUAAACACGUAGAAUAAAGACUGAAUUUUCUACCGCA